AUGGGCAGAACAACCCUGGCGAUACCAACGGGUGGGUCCUUGAUCGCAUAUCCAAACUCCGGAUGCUGUGGUGGGGGAGCCGAUAGCGACCUAACGCCGUUGGGACAGCGAAGGAACAGGCUACCUUUGCAACGCAAAGUAAAGCAGGUUACCACCCCACACCAUCCCACGUGGGCGUCAUCUCAGCCAAUAAGCAAAGACGGACGGUACCCCGACGCGAGGCCGCGAACCAGCACUCCCGUGGGGCGUAGGACUGCGGCAAGUGUUGGUGGGGUGAUGAUGCGUACUAGUGUUUCGGCCAAAAGUGUUCGGUCGACUGGUUGCGGAACGGCGGCACGAACACGGCCUUCGAACGGGUUGUCUCCGUCGUCAUCAGGCCUACGGAGCCCCGCUUGGAGCACGUCGGAACCGGUGCGGUUGAGCACAACCCGGACUACAGAUACUGCCGAAUCUGCCGUCGAACUGGGCACUACUUUCAUCCGUGGGUGUGGCUACAGGCUGGAUCCCGGCAGAGGUGGCGACAACGAGGGAGCCCUUGGAAACAAGCACCCAGUGCAGACUUCCACCGGUGCCACGCUGACCUCUACUAUCAGCUCCCCCUCCUUGUUAGCUGCGAUGUCCGUUGCGACAACGGGUCCCGCAGCGAGUACAGAGGGUGAUGGAGAUCCCGAUGACAAGAUCGGCGGUGCGCGACAAAUCGGUAGCACGCCCUCAGGCAGCAGCAACAAAAAUUUUAACGAUGACGAGGAGGACGGCAACAGCGAGAACAAUCCGCCUAUGGGGUCAGCCCGUCACGUGAGCUCUGCUGAUGCAGUGGCUCACGGUGGAGCUAGAAGAGCGGCGAAGCGGCCGAACUCCGCUGCCAUCGCUCGAGCUUCCUCCUUACACCCGCUCGCUCGAAGGGCAAAAACUGACGUUCGGCGACCCCGAACAGCGGGAUGCAGCCGGGGACAGGCGAUCGACCCCUACCUCCUGUUAGAUGACAGCGCGGUGAUUGGACGGAGCAUCACGUCGGCUUCGUUCCGGCCAGACCUAGAGAAGGAAGGGUGCGCGGCGGUGGCCAACUGGGAAAACGAGGGCUCGUCGAUCGAAUGGAGACCGUCCGUGUCCGUCACCCUUCCCAUGUUGGAGGAGUGUAACGACACACGAGAUAGGAGGUAAAAUAGGGUGAUGGAUAGACGGUGACCCAUUGUUGGUUGAUGCUCCCCAGAUGUUGUACGACAGGGCGCUGGCGGUCACGAAGAGGAGCAUAGAUUUUUCUGCUCUUGAUCGGAUGAAAUAUUGUGGCAACUGCCAUCAGACCUUGAGGUGUUGUGUCCAGUUACCAUGCUCUCGUGCAUGCGUCUGUCAGAAUAGCUUUAUCACAAACUUCCAGGACGAGAAUGAAGGCGGAUUAACGCGUUUACAACUUCGCCCAGCAUAAGCUACGCGAUAUGCAGCAUUGACGAUGGACGUUGUUGUUGUUGUUGUUGUUGUGGUUGUUGUCUUCACAUGAAAAGAACAUUCCGAUCUCUGCUCGCUACCUUCGGACAUCCGAACUGGUCCACCUGAUACAUACCACGACUCAACCACUCGUGCAGGUUUAGCCCUGGCUCCGCUACAGACACGUCGACCCGCGGAGAGCUCGGAGUAGACCGCAGGCCAUCAUGUUCGACGGUUAACAGUGGCCCGGAGGAAUUCAGUACAGCCCAGCGGGGGCGCCCGGGAGAGCCAAGAAGACUUGGAAUAGCCAUCGCACAAAGC